AUGAAUGAAACAAAUUCCACUGGUUCGUUGAACGUUGUGAGCCAUGAAAGACUUCCAGACGCUAUUCAUUAUGUUUUUGGUGUUUCGUUCCUCAUCUUUGAUGUGGCAGCUACCAGCGGUAAUAUUGCCGUUCUCUUUGUGUUCUUCAAGAGUGAUCAGCUUCGAUCUGCAAACUGUUUUCUUGUAGCUGCUCUCUGUUUUGGUGACCUAUUGAUGAGUUCGGUGGGAUUAACAAUGCUGAUAAUCUCUAGCUUUGCCACUCACUGGAUCUUAGGAGAAAAGGCAUGUACAGCAUACGGAACUUUAAUGACCUUUUUGGGUCUUUCACAAAUCACAUUACUUGCUGCUAUAGCCUACACAAGAUAUCUUUUAGUGGUCCACAACAAUUGCAUCAGACCUUUGAUCGCACAAAUUAUCGCCCUGUCUUCGUAUGUUUAUGCCCUGGGAAUCUCUCUUGCUCCGAUUUUAGGGUGGAGUGUGUUUGUUUUGGAGCCAAUCGGAACGUCGUGUGGUCCAAACUGGGUCGGGAUUGAUUUGGAAGAUAUCAGCUAUAACAUGACACUGCUAAUUAUUUGCUUUUUGGUGCCAUUUUCAAUAAUAUUGUUUUCUUAUACCAACGUAUACAUAAAGGCGGGAAUCGAGAGUUAG